AUGUCACAUCCCGAGGAAAAGAAUUCGAUCGUCGAGGAAGACGAAGAGGAAUUCACAUAUCCGGAUGGAGGCACCAUCGCCUGGCUGCAAGUCCUAGCCUCUCACUUGAUUAAUCAAAUCGCCUGGGGCUACCCCUCUUCCUACGGCGUCUACCAACUCUACUACACCACCAUCCUCAACCUCCCCUCAUCGCAGGCAUCUUGGAUAGGCUCAAUCCAGAUCUUUCUCACCUUUAGCAUCUGCACGCUAUCAGGCCGCCUUGCCGACGCUGGUUACACUCGCCAGGCAGUCAUCGUCGGCCUGUUCAUGGCCGUAAUGGGCACAUUCUUGACCAGUUUCUGCCACGCGUACUGGCAAAUCUUCCUCGCCCAAGGUCUAUGCACCGGACUCGGGAUGGGCAUCAUGUUCAUGCCGGGCAUCACCAUCGUCGGCUCGUACUUCAAGAGGCGGAAGACCUUAGCGCUUUCCAUAGUGACCACUGGGACAGGCCUCGGCUCCGUCACGUUUCCCAUCUUGCUGAAUUAUACAAUGCCUCAUGUUGGGUUUGCGUGGGCUGUUAGGUGUCAGGCCUUGAUGAUGCUGGUUCUUGGUGUUAUUGCGAUCGCGUUGAUGAGGCCGCGCCUUGCGCCUAAGAGGCAAGGUCCUUUGAUCGAGUGGGCCGCGUUUAGCGAACGAUCGUAUACGUGUUUCGCCCUUGGGAGCUUUUUCGUGUUCCUGUCUCUCUACUUCAGUCUCUUCUAUAUGAAUGUCUUUGCGCGUGAGGUCAUCGGGUUGUCCUUUACUGAAUCCGUCUCUCUGCUGCUAAUUCUAAACUCAUCGGGAAUACCCAGUCGCGUUCUCUCCGGAUUCAUAGCUGGGCGCUAUUUAGGUUCGAUCAACAUGUUCAUCGUCAGCAACGUGGUUGUGAGCGGCAUGUACUUUGCAUGGAUCGGAGUUCACACCAGUCCGGGGCUGUACGUCCUGAGUGUAUUCUUCGGCAUCGCAAACGGCUUUGUUCAAGGCGUCUUCACGCCGGCUCUGGCAAGUUUGACUGUAGACCCUACGAAGAUGGGAGCACGCUUUGGUAUGGUUGCGACAAUUGUGGGUGUGGCUUCUUUGGCAGGGCCUCCAAUCGCUGGGGCGAUUCUUGACGUGUCGGAUGGGAAGUAUGUCUGGGCGCAGAUCUGGGCGGCUGUGGUCACGUUGUUGGGCGUAGGAAGUCUUGUCGCUGCUAGAGUAGCGGCCGUUGGGAAUGUGCUGAGAGCGAAGGUGUGAAUGAUCUUAAGUGAACAUCAACGUAAAAGUACUUCUAGACUUGCAUCAUCC